AUGGAGGUGCGUCACAAGCCGCGUCCCAUUACGGGCGACCUCGAACCAGCCAGCCGCAGCCACGUGUCAGAUUUCCACGUUCUCUUCUCCGACAUACUCGACUGCAUUCGCUCGUCAAUCACCGCCAUCCAUCCGCGAAAACGACCGUUACACUUCGCAGCCUUCGCAGCGUUACUGUGUUUACUGAUCGUGGCGGCGACGCUGGUCCCCACAGACCUCGAGAUCGACGCCGAAACGUACUUCGGCCGCCCCGACGGCGACGCGGCGCGGCGUGACGAGGGCUUCGGGCGCGGGCUGUUCAACGAGACGCAGACGGACGGCAAGUUCGACGUGCAAGCCGCCGCCAGGUGCGCGCGCAGUGGGAGUGAGCGGAAACGGUGUGGCGGAGCGGGAGGGAGGGCAGGCGCAGAGCUGUGGGAGCGCCAUGUGGGGUGUGCAUCGUUCCGUGCACGCCACCGCCACCUCAUCAACCGCUUCAAGGACCCCCUCGCCUGGCCGCCCAACCCCUCCCUGCAGGACCCCACCGAGCCAUCGUGCAACACAAUGAAAUUGCGCCACGUCACCGUCUUUGUUGUCCCCACCAAUGCCUCGGGGUUCGACGCGGGCAGCAUUGAGGGAUAUUAUUUCUGCCCGAGGUGCCGAAUGACAUGCCAGAUAACGUUCAGUGAGCCCAUGGCAUCGCAUGCGGACGCCACUCUCCACGUUGCCCCCAACACCCCCCCGCCGGGCCGGCAGGUGGGCGACCCCCUACAGAUCUACCUGGACAUGGGGCGGGCGGCGGGGGCGGCGGGGGGCGGCAGGGCGGAGGAGGGGGACGUGGCGGUGUGGUGGGGGCGGGGGGCGGACGUGCAGCUCACCUUUGCGCGCUUCUCCGAUGCCAUGCCCACCGGCAGGCAGCACGGCCUGCAGCCCCUCAAGUUCCAGGACACGUUGGUGUAUUGGCACGAGGACGACUGCCAGGACCCCACCCUGCUUGCUCCAGGCACACAGGUGGCAGCGCACAUACCGACGCACAGCUUUGGGCAGUGCGGCAACAACUUCAACAACUCCAACGAGGAUGUGCUCUUCAAUGACACCUGCCCCUCCACGGCAGCGCACGCUCAGCACUCACAGAAGUCGCACUGCCUCUCCUCCAACUACAAGUUCGAACUCGUUGUCGAUGACCCCCGCCUCUUGGGCUUCGUUUCCUGGAAGCUUCUCCGCACGCUUGAAGCAGGCACGGUGCCCAUCUACUAUGGUGCACCUGAUGUGGACAACUUCAUGCCGCCCGGUUCGUACAUCGACGGGAGGAAGCUUCCCACCCCCGCCGAGCUGCUUGCCGCCCUGCAGGAGCUGCACCUCGACCCCUCAUGGACCUGUUCACCUGGCGCACGUGUGGGGUGUGGGGGCAGUACGCCCACGUGGACCCCCGUUCCAUGGCCCAGGGGCUACAUGUUGGCAGCACUCACUGCCCUCCCCAUCUCCCUGCCUCCCCCCCAAGCAGUGAAGUACAUGGACCUGUUCGCCUGGCGCACGUGUGGGGUGUGGGGGCAGUACGCCCACGUGGACGCGCUGGGCUUCCGCUCGCUGCCCUGCCGCCUCUGUGAGGCUGUCAGCGCCCGCCACGGCCGCCUCUUCCACCGCCACUAG